AGUGACGUUACUUCCCUUUUUCCGGUCCGCCGGAUUAUGAAUGACGGCAGGCGGGAGUAUUUUCCAGAUAAACUGGCUGUCGUUUUUCUCCUGGCCUCUGUGGAAGCGAGUGGUCUGCGGGCAGCAGCUCCCAGAGGCAGCCUUGGAAUUCCAGCUCGGGCUGGGCGGGAAAGGCGCAGGCGGCCCAGGUCUCCGACACGCUCACGCACCCUACCUGCCUUGGCCGCGCCUCUGCGACCAGGUGACCCAAUGAAAGAAGAAAAUGAAAGCCAUAAAGAAAAGUCUUACAGAAGAAGAAUACCUGUAUUUGGACUUUUCUCACCAAACAAAAGGAUGCAUCUUUCCUCUUCAUACAUCUGUAACUUUAUUUCUGUUAUCUUACUGUGACUGUAAAAUCUUUAAAAUUUGCUUAGUUGUCACCAAAGACGUGAAUACAGAUAGUUCACUACUAAGAGAUGAUCUGAUCCAGGAUGUUGAAAUACAGAUUAUUUCAAGGCAAGAGCUCCCACCAAUAGUCCAGAAUUGCUGUUUGCCUGCAGUAGUAGAACGAUCAGACAAUUUUUGUAGAGCAGGACUUGCCGUUGUAUUGAGACACAUAAUCCAGAAAUCCUAUGAAGCAGACCCCUUAAAGAAGGAACUUUUGGAACUUCUGGGCUUUAAAAAGGCUUGCUUGAAAGCCUGUGCUGAAGUUAGUCAGUGGACCAGGCUAUGUGAACUCACCAUCCCUUUGGCGAUUGAGAAUUUUCUCAGAGAGUCUUCUGACCAGCCCCCAACUAUACCUGUAGAAAUAUUACAGCUAGAGAAAAAGCUUAGUGAGCCUGUUAGAGUGCAUAAUGAUGACAAACUCCGCAGGCAGAAACUCAGGCAACAGAAGGCUGAUGGAGUUGGGCCUCCCCUUACUAAGGGAAAGGCAAAGAGCAAGGUCCACACGCAGGAAACACCUGAAGAGUUGGACUCUUCAUCUGAGAGUCUGGAACUGAAAGUGGCAUUCUCAAAGCUCACAGUGCAGGAAGAACCAGCUACUACCAACAGAGAGCCUUCUCACAUCAGAAAAGCAAAAGCCUCCGACCUUCCACCUCUGGAGCAUGUGUUUGCAGAAGGGCUUUACUUCACUCUGGCAGAUAUCGUGCUCUUGCCCUGUAUCCAUCAUUUCUUGGUAAUUAUCUGCAAGAAAUUUUCUGAGAAGCUGGUAGAAUUUCCAUUGCUAGCCUCUUGGUACCAGAGGAUUCAGGAAGUGCCAAGAGUAAAAACAGCAGCUUCUAAGUGUGGGAUCCAAUUUCUCCAUUUACCAAAGUUGUUGACAAUCUCAACUGAGCAGUGUCCAAACUUAAGUGAAGUCCCAGGUGUAGAAGAGCACAGCGAUCCUUUAUUUAUAGGAGGACCAAGACCAACCAUGGCCAAGUUAAUGGAAAAGGGCAUUGAAGUGAUGUUUUCUCCCCACCCUUGCCCUACUUGGACUGUUGAUUGGAAUGUUCUCCCUGCAGCAGUCAGCCCAAAGGAAGGUAAAAUGUCCAGUGAUCGAGCUUUGAGGAAGCAGCAACAGUUGAACAACCUUGUCUAUGUGGUAAAAAAUCAGGCCAAACCUGGUGACAGAAUUGUGGAUUUCUGCAGCGGUGGGGGCCAUGUUGGAAUUGUCCUUGCUCACAUGCUGCCAUCAUGUCAGGUUACAUUAAUAGAAAACAAGGAAUUAUCAUUAAUUCGUGCUAAGAAGAGAAGUGAUGAACUGGGUUUAAGCAACAUUUGGUUCAUUCAAGCAAAUAUGGAAUAUUUUACUGGGAUGUUUAAUAUUGGAGUAGCAUUGCAUGCUUGUGGAGUGGCAACAGACAUGGUGAUUGAGCACUGUAUCAAAACACGGGCUUCCUUCAUCACGUGCCCUUGCUGUUAUGGUUUCAUUCAGAACACCUCAAAGUUUAAUUUUCCAAAAAGUGAGCAAUUCAAGAAAACUUUAUCAUACAAGGAACACAUGAUUCUGUGCAGAUUUGCAGACCAGACAGCUGUCCAGCUCCCACCCCAACGAAGGCUCAUAGGAAAACAGUGCAUGUGCUUGGUGGAUCUGGAUCGAGCAAGAGCUGCAGAAGAAUGUGGCUACUCCGUUCAAGUGAUAUCCAUGGAGCCAGAGAGCUGCUCUCCCAAAAAUAACAUGAUUGUGGGAGUCCCCAUUUAAAAUGAGACAUUCACAUUUGAUAUUUUGCCAUCCGUCUUCACGUUGGAUGCCCAGUGGCAUUCAGGAGGUUCUUGGCAUAACUAGGAAACAGCAUUAGCCAUCUUGAACCUAUUGUGCUCAGGAAGGAAAGCAAUAGGAAAAUCUUGGAAGAAAGGCUCCCUGCAAAGCAUCACAAAUGCUCUUACAAUGUAUGAUUAAAGGACUGCUGGUUUUCAUAGUGAGAAUCCCCUGAAGUCUCGGCUGCCAAAAGAAUAAUACCAGUGGAGGUUCCAUCACAGGAAUAACAAUUUCCUUCUCACUUCACAAGCUCUUCUGAUCUUGCCAAUGUGAUGUUUAAUUCAAAACAGCGCACUUACAGCCUUUAUUUUAUACUUACUUAGAUAUUCACAUGGGGACUGAAAGUAGACUCAGUAGAGUUUUUUAAAAUAUAUUUUUAACAACUGUACUUUUUCUAUCACUUUAAAAAAAUCUAGUCAGGUAAUUAUAGUUAUUUUUAAGCUGGGGUUAGUUGAACUUGUAUGGCAUUUAAUAUACUCCUUUUAAAUAUAUUUCUGCCAGGCAUGGUGGCUCAUGCCUAUAAUCCCAGCACUUUGAGAGGCCAAGGUAGGAGGACCAUUUGAGCCCAGGAUAUUGAGACCAGCCUGUGCUACAAAAAAAUCAAAAAAAUGAGGUGUGAGGAUCACUUGAGCCCAGAAGGUCAAGGCUGCAAUGAGCCAUGAUAGCACCACGGCACUCCUGCCUGGGUGACAAAGCGAGACCCAGACUCACGAUGAAUGAAUGAAUGAAUGAAUGAAUGAAUGAAUGAAUUUCCCAUAAAUUACCAAAUGAGACCAUCAGUGGUAUGGGAAUGUGGAAUUUGAGGGUCCAGUAUUUUCAGGACCUCGGCCUAGAUUCUCUUCAAUUCAAAGAUGAGUUGCAAAAGACAUAAUGUUUUGCCUAUGGAAGUAAAUCAUCUAGAAGAAAAAGAUUAAAGAAUUAGUUAAGCUUUUUUUUUCUUUUUUUUGAGACAAAGUUUCGCUCUUAUUGCGCAGGCUGGAGUGCAAUGGCACCAUCUUGGCUCACUACAACCUCUGCAUUCUCCUGCCUCAGCCUCCCCAGUAGCUGAGAUUAUAGGCACCCGCCACCAUGUCCGGCUAAUUUUUUUUAUAAUUUCAGUAGAGAUGGGGUUUCUCCACGUUGGCCAGACUGGUCUCAAACUCCCAACCUCACGUGAUCUACCCGCCUCGACCUCCCAAAGUCCUGGGAUUACAGGCGUGAGCCCCUGCAGCUGGCCAAUUUCUUUAUGUAAUACUACAAUGUGUUGUCACAGAAUUUGUUACUCAGAUAUCAAUCUUUUUUAUUGGUAUAUUUCUGGGUAAAACUUAUUAGUGGUGUGAGGAGUGCAGAAUAUGGAAGCUUAUUUGAAUAGUUCUCUCUAACUAAAUUCUUUUUCUGCCAGCCAACAUUUUAAAAGAAAAAUGAUGCAUCCUCUCUCAAUGCUGCUAAUUCUUUAACUUUUACAUGUCUCAGUUUAUUCCGUAUGAGAUUUAUUUUAAUGUUUUCAACACCUGUAUAACAUGUAUCACGAGGAGAAAGCACUUUCAUUGAUCAUCACUAUGGAUUAAAAUAUAGGAAUAUUUUACAGGGCAGUAUGGGUUGGGGUGGGAGACAUACUGGAAUUGUGUUUUCUGGGAUAAAAUUUUUAAAAAGAAUUAACCAUUAGCCCUGAGUAUUUUAGUCAUUUGUGCCUAUAGAUAACAACAUGCUCUUUUAUUCUGGACUUUCUUCUUUUAAUUGAGGUUUAAUUUAUAUACAAUACAAUAACAGAUUUUUAAAUAUUCAUUUAGAUGUUUUGACAACUGUAUAUACACAUGCAACCAUCACUAAAAUCAGAUAUAGAAUAUUCCCAUUAAAUAUUGUCAGGUAAACACAUUGAGAAUAUUUUUUCAAGUCUGUGGCUUACCUACUUAUUUUCAUAAUGAAUGUUUUAAUUGUGAUGAAGAUUUAAUUUACCCUUUUACUUUAAUGAUUAAUAUUUUCUGUGUCUUUUCUAAUAAAUUUUACCAACUCUGA